CCAACCUCUCUCUUUAGAAAGCGUGGCUGGUGAGGCACGCACUGCGUUCUUCUCCCUGCUCAUAUGGCGGCUUCCGACUCGCCGUCUCUAAUCCAAAACGACUGCCAGCAACAGCUCUGCCGGGAGUCUGUAGAAUGGAGAUUUCACUUUAUAUUUUUCUGAGUCUCAGUGCUCUGAGGGAUCUCUCUGGGGUGUUUCCUGAUGGCUCGAGCGACAGGUCCUUGUUGAUAAGCUAUUUGGAAGUUGCAGACAGGAGCAGGGCUCCUUCUGGGGUGUUUGAGGAUCGCCACGGGACUUCUGCUUUACAAGCGUGACUCAGGCAGACGAAUGGUAUUUCUUAGAAGCCAUUUGGGAAGCUUCCACGGUCGGAGCGCCUUCCACCUUUGGGGCGUUCUACACAGGCCAGCGCCGGGCCGUAGUAACUGCUCGCGUGGGGUUUGGAAAGGAACGAAUAAUUCAUUUACAGGGACAAUUCGGAAUGGAUUUAAGCAGAUUUUCCUGGUGAUGAAAGACUCGUUAGCUUCCAGAAAAUCAGGCCCAAAGCCUUCGUACCCACUUCCUAGUGUGAAGCCGCAUUCCUGCCUACACUCCCACUGGGGAGGUAGGCGCGCCCCGCCCACGGCGGCGAGGAACGACCUGGAAUGGAGAUGCCCUGACACUCAGACCUGCUGUCAGCUUUUCCGCGCUCCGCAGGACCCCGCGCUCCGAGCCCGCCAGCCAGCCCAACGUGGGGAUGCUGCUCUUGCUGCUCUGCGGCAUGUCCAUCGCUCUUCCACCUUUUAUCAGAGCAGAUGCAUGCAGGAACAUCAGUAUGCUACACGAGACGCCUUCAGCAGGCCAGCCUUUUGCUUUUAACUGUACAUACCCUCCACUAACAUUCAGGAAUGUGUAUGUAACAUGGUACAAACAUCCUAGUAAGAUCCCAAUAUCCAAAAACAUACAGUCUAGGAUUCACCAGGACCAAAACUGGAUUUUGUUUCUCCCCCUGAAGUGGGAGGACUCUGGGAUCUACCACUGUGUUAUCAAUGAUACCAACACCUGUCACAGCAUACAUGUAAACCUAACUGUGUUUAAAAAGUCUUGGUGCAGUGCUUCCAGAAACAGUCAGCCGAAUUUACUGGACGAGUACAAGCAAAUAUUACAUGCUGGGAACGAUGACAGUCUUACAUGUCAUCUGAACUUCCCGAGGAGUUGUGUUUUGGAUUCAAUAAAGUGGUAUAAGGACUGUAAAGAGAUUAAAGGAGAGCGGUUUACUUCUGUGGGAAAAAAGCUUUCAGUGAACAAUGUCUCGGCAGAGGACAGAGGGAACUAUGCGUGUCAAGCCACACUGACACACACAGGGAGACAGUACACUGUUUUAAACAGAAUUACUGUAAAUAUCACAGAAAAAGUUGGAAAUGGAAGAAGAAUCCCCAAGAUCAUUUAUCCAAAAAACAAUUCAAUUGAAGUACAACUCGGCUCCACCCUUAUUGUAGACUGCAAUAUAACAGACACGAAGGACAAUACCAAUCUACGAUGCUGGAGAGUCAAUAACACUUCCGUGGAUAUUUACUACAGUGCUUCCAGACGAAUCCAAGAAGGAAUUGAAAAUGAAACUUCUUUUCAGGACCAUAAGUUUUACACAGUGAACAUAACCUUCUUAGAAGUGAAAAUGGAAGAUUAUGGCCAUCCUUUCACAUGCCAUGCUGGAGUGUCGGCAGCAUACUUCGUGUUAAAACUCCCAGUUCCAGAUUUUCGAGCUUACCUUAUAGGAGGGCUUGUCGCCUUGACAGGGGUGGUGGUGUCUGUCUUGUGCAUCUACAACAUUUUUAAGAUCGACAUUGUACUUUGGUAUCGAAGUGCCUUCCAUUCCACUGGGAUCAUAGAAGACGGGAAGCUGUAUGAUGCCUAUGUCUUAUACCCCAGGCCUCAAGGAGAAAGCCAGAGCCAUGAUGUGGACACGCUGGUGUUGAAGAUCCUGCCCGAGGUGCUGGAGAGGCAGUGUGGAUAUAAGUUGUUUAUAUUUGGCAGGGAUGAAUUUCCUGGACAAGCUGUGGCCAAUGUGAUCGAUGAAAACAUUAAGCUGUGCAGGAGACUCAUCAUCAUCAUAGUCCCCGAAUCGCUGAGCUUUGACCUACUGAAGAACAUGUCAGAAGAACAAAUCGCAGUCUACAAUGCUCUCCUCCAGGACGGGAUGAAGGUCAUUCUGAUUGAACUGGAGAAAGUCGAGGACUAUACAUCCAUGCCAGAGUCAAUUCAGUACAUCAAACAGAAGCAUGGGGCCAUCCAGUGGAGUGGGGACUUCACAGAGCAGUCACAGUGUGCCAAGACCAAGUUCUGGAAAAAAGUGAGAUAUCACAUGCCACCCAAAAGGUAUCGACCACUGUCUCCUGUCCAGCUGCUGAAGCGCACGCCCUGCGACCUCACGGCUGGCACAUGGGAGGCCAGCGUGGGCUUCAUCACCCCUUGAUGGAGAGUUUGUCAUCACAGGGUGGCUCACAGCUGGACAAGGAUGCAUUGUACUUGGGAUGUCUGCAUGAAGCUUGCCGUUGUGUACUUGUGAGAGGGCCUGUGUUGGUUUGCUUGUUAUGAUCAGAGCUGCUUGUUUAGGGAAAGACAUCACCUCCCCAGAAAGCCCUCAGUAACCUGUCGGCGGCUCUGAACACUCAUAAACAGUCGCUGAACAUGGAGUAGCUUUAGCAUUUGGGGCCCUGGAGAAGAGGACACGGAGGGUGUAGAGCUGCAGUCAGAUGGCAGGAAAUUUAGCACAUGAUGUGGCACCCUUUUUGGGGGUGGAGAUGGGAACCUGGGCGGUCAUGGGCUUGGGGAGGGCUGGCGAGGAUAAUGGCACUUUUUUCAUGCCUGACCAGUGUCCAUAGGGCCCUGUUCCUCAGGGAAUAUUUGCUGUGUCUAUGACCCCCUCUCACUUCUCUAGUGCAAAUAAAUAGCUGCGACCACAGUCUUAGCACGUCGAUACUGAAAGUGACUUAGAGGUCACCUAGAUCAGUGGGGACCAACUGGGUGCCACCCGAUUGCCCUUCAAUCACCCUCCCUGGGGGCCUCGGGGUGCCAUGCUUUGGAAGACUUCAUCUGUCAAAUCAAAAUAAGUAACAAUUCACUUAUUUCCCAGUGGGGCUGUGUCAGCCAGAAUUCUGCACAAUGUGCUUGACAACAUCAAGCCUUAAUAGGUGGCCUGCUAUGAUCUGAGUGUUUGUGUCCCCCAAAGUUCCCAUGUGGGAAUCCUAAUGCCCAAUGUCAUGCUGUUAAGAGGUGGUGCCUUUGGGAGGUGAUUAGGUCAUGAGGGU